GCUCUAUCAAUUGUGAUAUGUGGCGUCACAUCAAAAAAAACACCCGAAGUGCGGAAACUAUUUGAACAACUGUCGUCGCUGGGAAUUGGUGACACAAUUGUCUAUUUAAGUAGCUGGGCUACGGGGCGCCGGGAAUACAGUCAAGCACUGUAAACGGAAGUAACAUGCGCGGCAUCUUUGUGGUCCUGCUUGUGGCCCUAGUCCAUCAGUGCGCAGCAGUGCAGGUGCAAACAGAGCACACCACUGUGGAGUGGAGCUGGCGGGAUAAUCACGGUAAUGGGGAUUCCGGUGGCUAUCAGUACUCCAGAGUGCUGAAUAAUGACGAUAAUUUGGACGCUGAUGAUGAUGACGAUCAAGAUCAAGAUGAAGAUGAGGAGGAUGAUGACGAUCUACUUGCCCAAGCUAAUGCCUCCAAUUUGGACGAAGACGAGGAGAGCUGCGAGUACAGUUGCCCGCGGUACUAUCGUCCCGUCUGCGUCCUACGCAAUGGCCGGCAGGUGACUUUCGCUACGCCCUGCGAGUUCCACAACCAAGUGCGCUGCGCCAGCGUUCUCAGAAGUCGGGGUCAGGGACAAUCGGUGCCCGUCUUUCAGUACCUGCACAAUGGUGCCUGCUAAAAAAGUAACAACUCUUUUUUUUUGAGCACUUCUAAAACGAUAGUUUAGUUUAAUCAAUCUAUGCCGACGUAAUUUCAUAGUUUCCAAAUUUGUCUCCUCCUCUUACUCCCUUACUAGUGCGCUUUACUUUUUAUGCUCUUUGCUCCUUCUGGUCUUACAAAUGUAGUAAACAUAGUAUCAUAAUUGA